AGAGAUACCCAUAGCGGCGGUGGAUGUUUUUCGAAUAAAAUUAUUAUUGGGUCUUCUUUUGUUCGAUUCUUUGUACUAGUUCGAUUUUUUGUACUAACUUCUUUCAAUAUUGAUCAAUGAUUUGGUGAUAUCCCUAUCAGACUUCAACUACGUUGUGCAACUUUGUAGGAGUGAUUAAUUCAACUGUCCAAAAAUGAGUAACCAACUCUCACAAGGAUCCCUCGAGGUUAUUAUGAAUGGCGGUCAUUACGACAAGCCAAUAAUGCAAGUGUUGGGUAGCAAGAAGAUCCAAGGCAGCGGUGCGAACGAGAGGUUCCGGCUUCUGGUGUCGGACGGGAAGCAUUCGCACAGCUUCGCCAUGCUGGCGACGCAGCUUAAUGACAAGCUGAUCACUGGGGAGCUGUCUGACUACUCAGUUGUGCAGAUUGACCGGUUUGUCACUUCUUUGCUGAAGAACGGGAAGGGAGAGAAGCGAGUCAUGAUCAUCCUCGACUUGACAAUACUGACCCCAGGCUCAGAAGUAGGCAAAAAGCUUGGCAACCCCCAGACCUGGACGGAAGAAAGCGCAGUAUCUGCCCCACAGCCGACAAUGCAGCCGGUCCCCCGGCCAGCACCUGCCCCGGGUCCGAUGACUGUGUCUAAGCCAACGGUGGCACCAUCCAUGGACUCUAGCAUGCUGUCUUCGCAGAUGACACAUCCUAUUUCAAGCCUCAGUCCAUAUCAAAACAAAUGGGUAAUCAAAGCGCGCGUGAUGAGCAAGUCCCCAAUCCGGACAUGGAGCAACGCCAAAGGCGAAGGCAAACUCUUCAGCAUGGAUCUGUGCGACGAGAGUGGAGAGAUCCGCGCCACCGCCUUCAGAAACGAAGUCGACCGUUUCUAUGAUAUGCUGCAGGUUGACAAAGUGUACUACAUCAGCCGCUGCCAACUGAAGACAGCCAACAAGCAAUUCACGAGCUUGAAGAACGACUACGAAAUGACGUUCUCCGCUGACACAGUCAUCUCCGAGUGCAUGGAGGACGCGUCUUCGGUGCCCACCAUCAAAUACGACUUCGUACCUAUCAAUGAGAUUGGAAACAAGAAUACGGACUCCUUACUCGAUGUGAUUGGCGUGUGCCGCGCUGCCUCGGAUGUACAGGAACUCACGGCUAGAAGCACGGGCAAGCUUCUCAAGAAGAGAGAAGUCACUCUCGUCGAUUCUACUGGUGGCGCAGUGGCACUGACGUUGUGGGGCGGCGAAGCAGAAAGCUUUGACGGCAGCUCUAACCCUGUUGUCUCUGCUAAGGGGGCUCGCUUGACGGAAUUCAAUGGAAGCAAAUCUCUAUCCUGUCUCUCGAGCACCAUGAUCCGACUCAACCCAGAUUUGCCAGAGGCACAUAAACUGCGUGGCUGGUACGACAACGGCGGCGCUAAUAUGGACAUCGUUAACAUCUCCGCCAGAUCUGGCGCUUAUGGUGGCGGCAGCAGCGAAUGGAUUACAUUCUCCGAAGCCGAGGCAAAGCAGCUAGGAUCUGGCGACAAGGGUGACUACUACAGUCUUCUCGGCGUCCUAACGUUCACGUUCGCCGACAACGCCGUGUACAAGGCGUGUCCCCAGGAGCAGUGCAACAAGAAACUGGUGGACCAGGAGAACGGACUGUUCCGGUGCGAGAAGUGCAACCGGGAAUAUCCCAACUACAAGUACAGGCUGCUUCUAGGGGCCAACGUUUCCGACCCGACAGGCGACCAGCGCAUCACGGCCUUCAACGAAGCGGCCGAAGCCAUGAUCGGCAAGACCGCCGCCGACGUCGGCCGAAUGUUCGAGUACGACAAGGCUGGGUACUCCGCCGUGUUUGAGGACAUCAAGUUUAGGACCUUCGUCUUCAAGUUCAGGACUAAGAUGGAAACUUACAGUGACGAAGCCCGCCUCAAGACGACGGUGAUGAACGCCGCGGCCGUCGACUACAAGGACGCAAACGCGAGACUCAUCAAAAGCAUCAAGGCCGUUACGGGCGUCGAAGUUUAGAAACUCUUACUUUAGCCUAGUUUUAAAACUAAUUUUAAUGAUAUUAGAAUUUGUUUGGAUCGACUUGUACUUGUCGAAAAUAAUUGUGUAUUCAUAGAGUGGGGUGUUAAUUGUUUUUGUCUUCGAUACAUAAUGAUUUAAAAUAAUUGAACCAAAUUAAGACUUAUGUCUAAAACAUGUACCUACCUAUAUGCUAGUUCUUGAAUAUUUUUUUUCGUAUUAUGUUUAUAUCAUUUUGUGUCCUUGGGCAAGUUUUUGUUGAUCAAACUGUUGCAGAUACGCGUUUCUCAAGUAAAUGAUCCUACUUACAGAAUUUAAAAUGAUAAUGUCAUAAAAUAAUCGUCAUGUUACUGUUUCGUUUUGUUUUAAAGUGUGUAACACGAAAGACUGUGGUAUAAAAUAAUGUUACAAGUAUUUUUAAACCAAUGCUGGCAUUGUAUUGUAAUUAAAUUAUGCGAUUCCAAUCUUACGAUUCCACUAAGUGUACCUAAUUAAACUAUUUUGAUAAUUA